AUGAAUCCUAGUAGUCCUUCUUCCAUCAGUUUACCACUUGAACAUCAUGAAGAUCCAAGUUUACCAUUAACUUUUUCAAUCAGUUCUUAUUUAUUAACGGGGAUUUUACUUUCACCUUUAGAUUUGAUUCGAACUCGUUUGAUCGUUCAAUCUUCUCAACUAAGGUAUCGAAAAUAUUCAGGUCCGAUAGAUGGACUGAAAAAGAUUUUCAAAGAAGAAGCCGGUUGGACUGGACUUUAUUUUCAUUCGAAUUUAAUCUUACCUACUAUCUUAGAUAACAUCUUGAGACCUGCCUUUCAUUUAUCUACACCUUUAUUGAUCGAAAGAGUCUUGAAGAUCGAUCGAUUAGAAAGACCUGUUCUACAUGGACUAGCCGGUUUAGCUUUCUCUAGUCUUGGUUUGUUAUUGAUCUUACCCAUCGAAACGGUUAGGAAACGAUUACAAUUACAAUCUAGAGCGAUCGAUCCCAAAAGCAAAACGGAUUUCAAACCUUGUGUGAACCUCAGACCUAAACCUUAUGCUGGAAUUGUAGAAGCAGUUUAUAGAAUCCUUACAGAAGAAACUAGUUCUCCUCAACUUCCUCAAAGAAGAAGAACAAGAAGAUCUAAAUCAACCCUUCAUGAUCCUUCAAGUCUUCAUCAAGAUCCUAUCCAAACUUCUCAUCAUCCUACUUCUCUUUCUUCUGGUUUACGUCAACUUUAUCGUGGGUUUAAUGUUGGAUUAACAGCGAAUGUGGUAGCGUUCGUGUUAGGCUUAUUAGGUAAUCCAUUAGAAUCUGGAUCAAGUGGUUGGGCUGAAGUUUAGAAACCGAAACUUUCAAUCGGCUUUGGUUUAAGGAAAAUGCUUAAGCUUUUCCAUGAGUGUUUUGUUUUUGGUUCUUUUCUCUCUCUCUCUCUAUCUCUCUUAAGUUUACUUACUACUCAUUUUGAUAUCAUCUUACCCUAGCCUUGGUUGUUCUUAUGUGAUUUGAAUUGAUUGAAAUUUCAUGAAAUCUUCUUUUGGUUCAACUUUAAAUUGAUUUAAGGAAAGUUUUUAACUUGAAGGUUUGGAUACAUAUUAUUGUGUAAUUGUACAUAGGUUUGAAAUCUGAUUUUAUUGUAUGAUCAUAUG